AUGGCCGUUGUUUCUACAGAAGACAUCAAGCGCCUAGUCGAAGACUGCGGUGCCAAGUUCGUGGAGAAGGGCUUUCAAGAUUGCACUCAUCUUGUGACUACGCUGAAGGACGGUAGAGUGAGAAGCAGGAAGGUUACCCCAGCAGACGAGCAAGGCUGCCAUACUGUCAGCAUGGAUUGGCUUCUCGGAACCAUCAAAAAAAAAGCUCCUGAAAAGAUAAAGGAGUUUUUGCUGAAGCACAAAACACUGCGGCGGGCUUUUAGAGGGGCUCUGGUGGUGGCGAAUAAUGAUCGAGGCCAUACUGGACCAAAGCGUGAUCGUGAAGAUGACAGUGAUGGAGACGACGGAGUUUCCAAGAAGGCGGUGGUAUCUUCGGCGAAGGCCGACAUGGAGGCCAGUAUGAAGAUCAAGAGGGAACGCAAUUCAGAAGGUCUUGCAAAGCUUGUAGAAGACAAGUUCAAGGAAAAAGGUCUGAUUGUCCUGCAACGUUUGGUUUUCUCGUGUAUUGACAUUUUGCAAGGCAAAAAGCUUACGGUCUGGCUGGACGACUCCGGUUUCAUAUGGGAUGUCACAUUGGUGAAAUUGGACGAAGAACUAUCUCACCAAUUGAUGCGAAUGCAAAUUAUACACGCCGCGGGGCCAAAUGAGGCUUGGGCAUGGCGUUGCAAAUAUCACUCUUCCAUUGACAGCACACCCGCUAUCAAAAGCAGUGGGCAUUCAGAGAGUCGUUUUGAAGACUUUGCUUCGGCCAGGACCAAGUUCGAGUAUCUUUUCAAGACUUUCACAGGAGUACAAUGGAACUACCGCGGUUCCAAAUCUCUUCCCGCUCAUUGGGUCUUUGUUGAUCUGAACCCUUCUGCUGACCUCAUCGACUGUGACAUUGAGGGGGUGACUGCCGAAGUUCUUGCUAUUUUGGAGAUGAUCUUCAGCAAGAAGUAUGCGGAAGCUUAUGCCAAAGCGCUCGAAACAUCGGGGGGCACAUACAACUUUACAACGAAAGAGGGAAGACGCAGACUGAGGCUUGCAGUGGCCUGUAUGCAGAUGCAUAUGAAGCUUGGAGCAUCGAGCAUCGAUGGAAAUACGCCCAGUGACCUGGAUUUUGUCUUCCGGAACUUGGUUCACCCCAACAUUCCGGAACCGCGCAGCACCGCACAGGACCAGAAGGACCAGACAAUGUUUGAGGCUUUGGACUUGUUGUUGAAGCUUCAAAAUGCUCACAAUCUCAUGGCGAAGGCGGACUGUUCGGCAACGAGCCUCAGUCAGAUAUACCAAAGCCUUGGUGUAGCGAAGAUGGAUCUCGGUGCGAGCUUCUGCGAUCACCGAUUUGGAAGUUAUUACUGA